CGGGGAAAUUGAUUGGAUUUCGUCCCAAAAGCCUCGUAACUUAGUGUAGAAGCUUGACACACUAGCUUUCUCCUGCUGGAGCAGAGCAAUGUUGCGACGCAGCUCAUACAACCGCGGCGCGCUGCCGGUUCCAACCGACCUUCAAGAUCAAGCCAAAUCUCGCGGGCAGUCCGGGCAAAAUGAACGCUGGUACGGAGCUCCUUGCUCAUAGUUGUCUUCAACCAUCCCUUUACCAUCGCAUCACACCGCCUCCACUGUUCGAGGAGAACUCUGGCAGCAGGCUUAGAGAUGGAGCCGUCAACAAAACCAAGCUUAUUCUUGGCAAUAAAAGAAUCGGUUAUGUCACCGAGCCACUCACCAUAAUUCACGUCAGUAAGGAGCUCGCCCACAAACAAUUGAUUAGAGUUAUCCGAAUUAUGGAGAACAUACGCAGGAGGAUAGACAUCUCCACUGCCCCGACAGUGCCCGAUGUCGAGUGCGAUGCUUUAGGUGAUUUCAUCUUCUCAUCACCGGAUUUCUUCUGCUCAUCAUCUGAACUCAUGAUGGCCAACGAAAACGCGGAAUAGACCGAUCACAGCUCUGAUACCAUGAGAAAAGUAAGAAGUACGAUGCGCAAGACACAACGAUUUACGUGGUAUCCUCGUCCCAACGAACGAGACUAAUCCAUGGAAGACCCUCUCAAGGAGUCUUCGACUGAUAUAUUAUUAGGGUUUUUCACAUGUAGUUGCUUACCCUACUCGGCUGAUAACAUAGCCUUAUAUAGGCCACCAAUUCCUUUUACAAUCGGCCUCAAGUAAUGGUAAAUAACCAAAUAACUCACCAAGCAAACAAAACUAAACAAAGAAGGACAUGCAGUAUGUGUUCCACACUCAUGCAUACGUACGUGCUUCACAAUAGUCGACGGACUAUGCCACUUCGAUUCUCUAUCGCUCCUCGACCCGCCAAGCUUUCCCUUCUUCAAACUUCAAUCUUAACCAGACCACCUCCCUCCCACUCCCAAAGUCCGGACUUUGGUCACUAAAAGGUCCUCCCACGAUAGAAACAAUGUCGCCAACGAGAAACUCAAGAGUUCCCCGACACAACUGUCGCUUUCCCAGUUGGAGAAUAAACCAUUUGCACUUCG